AUGACUCAGCUCACCAAGCUUCUCAUCAUCCUGGCAGCCGCCACGGCAACACUCGGCGCUCCAACCAUGAAGCCUCGCCAGCUCGCUGGUGAAGGCAGCUUCUUCGACUCCGUCUUUACCGGCACCGACAAUGGUGUCGGCUAUGGUGUCGAAAACGCUGAAGAUAACGCUGCCACUCUCCUGGGCGGCAAGGCUACCAGCGGAGGUGGUGGCACUACCAGCAACCCACCUCCUCCACCGCCCAAGGUCAAGAGACAGGCUGAUAAGAUUGCCAACGGUGCCGCUACUGAUCUGCACGCCGUUGGACAAGACAAGGCUGCGGACCUUGUUCAGACUGAUGGAGAUAAUAUUGAUGGGCAGCUGACUCAGGAUGCGGCUACUCUUGGAGCUCAGGUUGGAGGAGAUGAGGAGGAUGUUCUUGAGCGCACGGGCGAUAUGGUUCCCAGCAAGAUGCCCACUCGCCGUGCUCGGGUUUUUUAA